AUGCGCCAUAUCCACGAUGUUGAGCUGCUAGAGCAAGUCGGAAAGCUCCUCGGUGACGAAGCUCGAAACAAGAAUGUCUACGUCUUGUUUGUGCCAACAGAAAUCGGGGAAGACCCCGUACUCAGCGACACAUUGGGCGCCGCCUUCGUUCGAGGCCUGCAAUAUCGAGAUUCCAUCGAAGACAACGUGUGUAUGAUGCGGCGGACGCUUCGUGAGCUGCACUUGUUGCCAUUCCAACUGGCAUAUCCAUUCCUGUUAAGAACCAUUCUCCGCGAGGAGUGGGGUUUCGAUGGCCUGACCAUGAGCGACUGGGGGGGGACCUAUAGCACAUCCGAAGCCAUGAAUCCUGGUCUUGAUUCAGAGAUGCCCGGACCCACGGUCUUUUGGGGCAGGGCUUUGAGCUGGGCUGUCUCUAGUCGUAUGGUCUUGGAGGGAGCUAGGGUGAUGCCGCAUGGAGUCUCUUCCUCGGACGAUCCUGCCGCAGCUAAUACCGUCGAGAAUCAAGUGCUUAUUUGUCGAAUUGCCUCUGAAGGUGUUGUGCUCUUGAAAAACGCUCGGAACAUCUUGCCCAUCAAGCAAGGAGAGAAAAAGACUUCUGCCUUGAUUGGGAACCAUAUUAUGAACCCUGCCCUAGGUGGUGGGAGCUCUGAGGUCGAGCUAUAUUACACCGUCACACAAUACGAUGCCACCGUCGAAGAGGUAGGAAGAGAGCAGGAAAUAUUCGAAGAAGAUCCCGGAGAAUGUUCUCACGCCGACCCGCUGCUCAGGACGACUUCUUCGAAGAACCUGAUUGAUAUUCCAGAGAGCCUCAGAAAGCUCUUUAUCGACGGUACUGAAUCAAUCGACCUGUGGACGGACCGUCCUCCCGAAACCGGUGAGACGCCCGUAUUGAACCGCGUGUCCAUAGAGAGAUUUGCCGAUUUCGAUGCUUUGGCGGGCAAACCUGCUCGGAGAGCUAUUGGCACCGCCGCCACACCGACAGCACGCAUCGGCGGUUUCGAGGCCAUUGACGAAGACCAAGCCAUUCGCGAGGCGGCGGAACUCGUGAAGGUGGUCGAAUUUCUCACUGCCAUGACGGGCCUUUCCAUCGAUUACGAAUACGCAGAGUCAGACCGCAAAGCCUUGCGACUCCCCAACCGCCUCGACGAGCUGAUUGAGGCCGUGCUGAGCACAAAUCCCAACACGAUCGUUGUGACGCAGUCCGGUCUACCCAUCGAGAUGCCUUGGGUUGACAAAGAGGGCACCGUUUUGCAUGCUCGGUUCGGCCGAUUCUCCAUGACCUUUUCAAAAGCGCUGCGACAUACCCCAGUAUUCCUAACAUUCGGCAAGGUGGACCCCACCAUUCUGUAUGGAAAAGGCGUCUUCAUUGGGCAUAGAUACUACGAGAAGAUACACCACUUGUAUCCUAUGUUUGAACUUGCGAAAUUUGUGGUUCUGUCAGUGUUUGAAGCGUCGCCAGAUCACGAAAUGAAGGUAUCUGUCAAGGUGAGCAAUGCUGGUCCGUAUGCUGGAGCCGGAGUCGUUCAGAUCUAUGUCCAGUAUCUCACGAGCUCUAUUCAAAGACCCAUUCGGGAGCUCAAAGGUUUCAAGAAGGUGAGAAUCGGUGUGGGAACGACGGCCUCGGUCGAACUUCGGCUGGGCAAGUACCCCAUUUCGUUCUGGUGCGAGGAGCAUUCCCGAUGGAAGGCAGAGCAGGGCCAAUAUGUGGUCAUUGUCGAACGAAGCACUAAUCCGCAGGACGACGUUUUGCGAAAGAGCUUCACUUUGGAGGAAACAUUUUACUGGUCGGGGCUGUAG